AAAGUUUCUUCCCUUGUUUUUUGGGGGGGCGAUGGGGGGCUAAACCGGCGGGGGGGGAUUAUGCUCUGGUAUACUAUUUAUUAGGGGGGGAGAGAAACUUACACAGAGGGGUCCCAGCGAUCGUCCAUCUGCCUGUUCGCCACAAUGUACAAUACGGUGUGGGAUAUGGAUCGCGAUGACACGGACUGGAGGGAGGUGAUGAUGCCGUAUUCCACCGAGUUGAUAUUCUAUAUUGAAAUGGACCCUCCAGCUCUUCCUCCAAAGCCCUCCAAACCAAUGACUACAGUAAAUACAAAUGUCAUAAAAGAGAAUUGCAGUUCUUCACUACAGGAUGCAGAAUGGUAUUGGGGAGACAUUUCAAGGGAAGAGGUAAAUGAUAAACUACGAGAUAUGCCAGAUGGAACAUUCCUGGUGCGAGAUGCAUCAACAAAGAAGCAGGGAGACUAUACUCUGACACUGCGAAAAGGCGGCAACAAUAAAUUGAUAAAAAUUUAUCAUCGAGAUGGAAAAUAUGGUUUUUCUGAUCCACUGACAUUUUGUUCUGUUGUGGAGCUGAUUAACCACUAUCGCCAUGAGUCUCUUGCCCAGUAUAACCCUAAGCUUGAUGUGAAGCUGAUGUAUCCUGUGUCUAGAUAUCAACAGGACCAGUUGGUGAAAGAAGAUAAUAUUGAUGCUGUGGGCAAAAAGCUGCAGGAAUACCACAGUCAAUAUCAAGAGAAAAGUAAAGAGUAUGACAGGUUAUAUGAAGAAUAUACCAGAACCUCACAGGAAAUUCAGAUGAAGAGAACAGCAAUAGAAGCUUUUAAUGAAACAAUUAAAAUAUUUGAAGAACAGUGUCACACCCAAGAGCAGUAUAGCAAAGAAUACAUUGAAAGAUUCCGAAAAGAAGGGAAUGAAAAGGAAAUUGAACGUAUUAUGAUGAAUUAUGAAAAAUUGAAAUCACGUCUGGGUGAGAUCCAUGAUAGCAAGCUGCGAUUGGAACAAGAUUUGAAGAAGCAAGCCCUGGACAACCGGGAAGUCGAUAAGAAAAUGAACAGUAUCAAACCUGAUCUUAUCCAGCUGCGCAAAAUCAGAGAUCAGUACCUUGUCUGGCUUAAUCACAAAGGAGUGAGACAGAAGCGAAUAAACAACUGGCUGGGAAUCAAAAAUGAAAAUAUUGACGAUACAUACUUUACAAAUGAGGAAGAUGAAAAUCUGCCACAUUAUGAUGAAAAGACUUGGUUUGUUGGAGAUAUCAAUCGUAUUCAAGCAGAAGAUUUGCUUGGUGGGAAACCUGAUGGAGCAUUCUUAAUUCGUGAAAGUAGCAAAAAAGGCUGUUAUGCCUGUUCUGUGGUAGCUGAUGGGGAAGUUAAACACUGUGUGAUCUACAGCACUCCAAGAGGUUAUGGGUUUGCAGAGCCAUAUAACCUAUAUAGCUCCCUUAAAGAAUUAGUUCUUCAUUACCAGCAUACCUCCCUCGUCCAACACAACGACUCCCUCAAUGUCAGGCUCGCUUACCCUGUCUAUGCACAGAUGCCCUCCCUCUGUAGAUAAACUCUAGGAGGGUGAAAUAUAGGGAGAAGUGUUGGCUAUCUCGGAUUUCUUUUCUACAGUUUUUUUAGAACCCAGAGGGCAUUCUUUCUCCUUAGACUGCUUGUUUUGCACAAAAAGCGAUUUGAUGAAUGUGAAUCGGAGACCUAGCAGCAACAAGGUAUCAGCUUUGGGAUAGGUGCCCUGGUGCUACCUGAAGAUCAGCUGUGUUUUUAUAUAUGGAGAUUCUUGUGUUCCCUGUAGGGAACAAGUAAACUCUCUAAAGAUGCACACACAAAAACCCAAGAACAAAACCAUGGAGAGAGACCUUUUGUCAGGCACCAUCAGCGGAACUUCUACUUGGAUUUUGAUUUUUCCGAGGUAUUGAUAACGUCUUUCAGUCUUAAGCUCCAGGAAAUUGGGGGAAUAGUCUCUGCUACAGAAGCUUUUUCUCCCUGUUAAUUUUAGCAGCUUUGCUGCAAGUUAGACAAACUUACAAAUGAGGGCUUGUCUUGAUGUAGCAAUGGAUUUGGUGAGAGGAGACCAAAGGAAUUAUGGGGAGAGUUUCAGGUUCUUAUUUAAAAGAAAAAUCCUCAAAGAAAUAUUGCUUUAUACUUUACCAACAAUAACAAAGUUUUGGUUUCAACAGCACUACAGGUCUUCAUGUUAAAGAAACCAAAUUGAAGCCACCAAAACUUCGCUUGUUGCUGGACUGAGCACUUAUGGGGAAAGAUUGCAUUUGCAACCGCACACUUGCCAAAACUUGAAGAGAAAAAUGAUAAAAGUUAAAACUUUCUUAUGUACUUCUCAAAACGCUAACCUAACCUGAUGUAACUGCACCACUCCCCCCUUGUUACUUUUUUAAAAACACAUUU